AUGGCUUUCUCCCAGGUGCAGUGCCUGGACGACAGCCACGUCAACUGGAGGUCCAGUGAGUCCAAGCCCGAGUUCUUCUACAGCGAGGAGCAACGCCUGGCCCUGGAGGCACUGGCCUCCCGUGGCCCUGACGCCUUCUAUGAGGUCCUGAAGAAGGAGAACAUCAGGGACUUCCUCUCCGAGCUGGAGCUAAAGAAGAUCCUGGACACGUUGGAGACGUACGACCCCGGCUCCGAGUACAUCCCACGCCACAGCAGCAGCGUGGGGGAGAGCGAAGGCGAUCACAACAGCCAAGGGGAUGAGCAGGAUGUGGCCCCCUCCCUGGAGUACUGGCCCCAGAGGUCCGACCGCUCCAUCCCCCAGCUGGACCUCGGCUGGCCCGAGACCGUCGCCUACCGCGGGGUCACCCGCGCCACCGUCUACAUGCAGCCACCCAUCGAGGGGCAAGUGCACGUCAAGGAGGUGGUGCGGAAGAUGAUCUGCCAGGCUCAGAAGGUCAUCGCGGUGGUCAUGGACAUGUUCACCGAUGUAGACAUCUUCAAGGACCUCCUGGACGCGGGCUUCAAGAGGAAAGUGGGAGUCUACAUCAUUUUGGAUGAGACCAACGUGAAGCACUUCCUUCAGAUGUGCGAGCGAGCCCAGAUGCACGCGGGACACUUGAAGAACCUGCGAAUCCGGAGCACGGGGGGGACAGAGUUUUUCACGCGCUCGGCCACCAAGUUCAAAGGGGCUUUGGCCCAGAAGUUCAUGUUUGUGGAUGGGGACCGGGCCAUGUGUGGAUCCUACAGCUUCACCUGGUCUGCAGCGAGGACGGACCGAAACGUCAUCACAGUCCUCUCGGGCCAAGUAGUGGAGGCGUUUGACAAGCAGUUCCAGGAGCUCUACCUCAUGUCCAAGGGGGUGAGCCUCAAGUCCAUCUCCAUGGGCAAAGAGCCCGAACCUGAGCCCGUAACGCUGCCCUCCGUCGUGCCAGUGACCCCCGCCAAUGCCGUGGUGAAGAAGCUGAUAAACCCUAAAUACGCCUUGGUGAAGGCCAAGAGCGCCGACCAGAUCAGCAAGACUUCCUCCGAGAACCAGGACAAAAACCAGAAGACAGACAACAAAGGCAAAGCCCUGCCCGAGGGCCAGGCGGGCGACAGGCACGGCGACAUGGCAGACCUCUCCCUCCUCGUCCACCCCGGCCUCCUGAAUCUGGAGAAAGCCAACAUGUUUGACUAUCUGCCCACCUGGGUCGAGCCUGACCCCGAGCCUGGGAGCGAAGUCUUGGGUUACAUCAACAUUAUUGACCCCAAGAUAAAGAACGUGAAGCUCUCGCAGAUGAACCGCAUCAAAGUCUGCGACAUCUCCCAGGCCAGUGCCCAGCACCGGCAGAUGAUGAAGAACAGGGAGAUGGACACCAAGAAAAACUCAGACCAAGAGCCACCUCUGGUGUCCCCCUGCCAAAGACAGGCCCCACAGUCCCCCAUGGAAGCUCCUGCAGCCCCCGCUAUCAGCCCCAUCGAAGGCACCAGCUGGACAACAAAGCAAGCAGGAACAUUUGCCGCUUCACCGUUGGGCCACCACUUGAAGCCGCCGGAGGAGACAUUGGAGAACAUCAAGCCCCCGGUUCCAAAGCCAAGGACCAUUCCCGUUGGUGUCCUUGUUACCAAAGUCAUUACGCCCAGUGACAGCGGCACUGCCCCAGAGGGUGACACAAAACCACCGUCAGCUGACCAGGCGGGUGCGAAGCAGGAACCAGAGGAGAACCCCAACAGAGCUUCAAUGGAGACCUGCCGUCUCCAGCCAGACUGGCCAGUGGCAGGGCCACAGGAGGACAGAGGGCCUCCCUGUGCCCACAACGGGCUGGGAGAAGGGAGGAGGAGCCCUGCCGAGGAGGAGGAGGAGGAAGAGGAGUACAUCACUCUCAGUGACCAGGAGAGCUACUCCAGCAGCUCUGCUGACCACAGCUACCACCGCUCCAAUGCCUCCUCCAUCUCAGAUGAGUACUUCGAGGUGAGGGAUCGCUACGGGCCUCUCCGGCGAACCAACUCGGACGUCACCCACAACGGGGAGAUUCUUCCCAUGCAGAGGAAGCUCAGUGACCCUCACAUCAGCCGGGGCACCUUCGUCAGCCCCCUGGGGAGCCUCCCGUCCCUAAAGCAUGUCCGUGUGGAGGACGUGACAAAGAGGAGGAGCAACGCCGUGGAGAUUAGGUGUGUGCUGCCCCGCACCAUCCUGGAUGGCAACAGCUCCUACCCCAGCAGUGCCGCGCAGGGGACGCACAUCUACCGCUACCGACCCAGGAACCUCGCAGGCAGAGAACAAGGCAAGGAGGUCUCCUGCUCCCCGACGCAUGAGAAACCCCCCGGGGCCACCAAAUACAGAGGGGAUGGAGCCAAACCCAAAAAGACCAUUGCAGGCAGCCAGCCCUACUGGCAGAGCAAAGCCUUCAGCCCCAGCAAGCCCACGCAGCCUGGCCACCUCUCACCAAGCAACCCCAGAGUAUCAAGCAAACGCUUAACCUCCCUGCCGGAAAGCCAGAAGACAACCGAGGAGAUGAGGACACCCCUCGGCAUCCCGCUCUCCAAACUGUCCCAGUCCAAGCACCUCAAGAACAGAGUUGCGGGAGCCCCGGGUGCUUCUAUUGACUCCAAAAAGAAGCCCCCCGAGACCACCGGCCAGAAGGACCACUAG